AAGCCGCAAAGCCUGUCGGGAACCACGGGAGGCGGCGGCCAAACUCCGAGCGGCGAUCGAGGGCCCGGCUGGAAACAGGCACCCCCAUCGCCUCCUGGAGCUUCUCAAGCCUUCCCUGCAAGCGCUCUCCCGGGCCCGAUUCGCCGUCGCCGCCGCCUCCGCCUCCGCCGCCCGUCGUUGGGGACUCGGGAGAGCCUUUUGGGAGCAUCUCCGAAUUUAGCUACCUCGGAUGGGGAUGUGGAGUCAGGAGGCGGAGCUACCUGGGCAGAGAAGGCCGAAGUUGAGAGCGAGAAGCGGAGCGCAAAACUCCUCUCUGGCGCGGUGGAUCCCCUGAGGCCUCCGAAAAAGCAGCCCUCGACCCAGGAAAGUCUUGGCGCGGCUUCCCGGUGAGGGGUGCGUGUGUGUGUGUGAGGGGCGAAACUCCGAAGAGGUUCCCUCGGGGCUCUUCACCCCGGUCCUCGCAACUUUUUCUCCGCUUUUCUGGUGCUCCGUUUAACUCUUCCUGCCUCGUGAAGGUGGCGGCGCGGAGAGCUCCUGCCUCCCCGUGGAAGAACGGAAGGAUAAUGGUUGGCACCCACAUCCCAAGGACGGUCUUUGGAUCUUGGCUCUGCUUUUGAAGCUUUCCUUUCGCAGCAACAUCCCCCCACGCCCACCCCAAAAAAAGAGGAAUUAUAAAUGCACGGGAGAAGACACGGAAACUUAAGAGGCGGAAGAGAGGACUGCCUCCGUCAGAACUAUAACAGCUUCAGCUACUUCUUUUGUUGUUGUUGUUGUUGUUGAAGUAAAUGCCUUUGUGACCUAAAGUAAGAUUUCUACAUCAUGCACAAUUUGCCGGCCCAAAGACCUUGAGAAAGCAUUCGGUCUUUUUUUUUUCUUUUCUUCCCCACAUAACUUCUCAUCUUUGGGGGAAAAAAAAGACUUGUGGACCAGGCUUCGAAUAAGGGAGCUUAGUAUAACAUACGUUGAUUUAACCUUUUGCUUACUGCGGAAAACUAGAUUAAUUGAUCCUCCUGUUGGCUUAUCUUUUGUUAGGAAGAUUACUUAUUGCCUUGUGUGACUACCCAAGGUGGGGAUUAUUUAAUGAAUGAACAUUGUAGUCAGGGUGGAUGGCUGCUCUACCAUUUCAAAUGCUUUUGGAAAUCGUUAUGCAAACUUGCUGAAAAAAGCUGAUAUCAUUGGGAAAAAUUGAUCUCUCUUGACAAACCUCUUUUAUCAAACAAGAUGAUGUGUGAAGUGAUGCCGACCAUCAGUGAGGCAGAGAUUCCCUCAGGGGGAAGUGGAAACCGUGGUUCAGGUUCUCCCCUUCAGUCGGAUGCUGAUUCCCAUUUUGAGCAAUUAAUGGUAUCCAUGUUGGAAGAGCGUGAUCGCCUCUUGGACACAUUGCGAGAAACUCAAGAGACACUUGCAUUGACCCAGGGUAAACUACAUGAAGUUGGUCAUGAGAGGGAUUCUCUACAACGACAGCUUAAUACUGCACUUCCUCAGGAGUUUGCAGCACUUACUAAAGAGCUUAACAUAUGCAGAGAGCAACUCCUUGAAAGGGAAGAGGAAAUUGCAGAACUGAAAGCAGAAAGAAACAAUACAAGAUUACUACUAGAACAUUUGGAAUGCCUUGUCUCCCGGCAUGAAAGGUCUUUAAGAAUGACCGUAGUAAAAAGACAAGCUCAAUCUCCAGCUGGUGUUUCUAGUGAAGUUGAAGUUCUCAAAGCACUAAAGUCUCUAUUUGAACAUCACAAAGCCCUUGAUGAAAAGGUAAGAGAAAGAUUACGAGUAGCACUUGAACGAUGUAGCUUGUUGGAGGAAGAACUAGGUACUACACACAAAGAGUUAAUGAUUUUGAAAGAACAAAACAAUCAAAAAAGAACACAAGCUGAUGGAAUGCCCGAUAUUAAUCAUGAUCAGGAGAACAUACCUAGCACUAAUGGGAAGAGAUCUUCCAAUGGCUCUUUGAAUCAUGAUGAAGAUCUUGCUAAAGUAAUAGAACUUCAAGAUACCAUAGAAAAGCAAACUAAAGAACAGUCGCAAAUGAAAGAGAGAAUUACUGCCCUUUCUAACAGAGUAGCAGAACUGGAAGAAGAUCUUGAUACUGCUAGAAAAGAUCUAAUCAAAUCUGAAGAAAUGAACACGAAAUUGCAAAGAGAUGUACGAGAGGCAAUGGCUCAGAAAGAAGAUAUGGAAGAAAGAAUUACAACUCUUGAAAAACGCUACCUCGCUGCACAACGUGAAGCUACAUCUGUGCAUGAUCUUAAUGAUAAACUUGAAAAUGAAAUUGCUAACAAAGAUUCAUUGCAUCGACAGAGUGAAGAUAAGAAUAGGCAGUUACAAGAACGAUUGGAACUGGCUGAACAAAAAUUGCAGCAAACUCUGAGAAAAGCUGAAACUCUGCCAGAAGUAGAGGCUGAAUUGGCUCAGAGAGUAGCUGCACUUACUAAGCUUGACUGUUUGCCUUCUCGGAAUUCUGCAACUAAAGAUGUUAAUCUGUUCGAAUAUACUUCCCAGUCUAGGAAGGCUGAAGAAAGACACGGAAACAUUGAAGAACGAUUGAGACAAAUGGAAACACAGCUAGAAGAGAAAAAUCAAGAACUUCUAAGGGCUCGGCAAAGAGAGAAGAUGAAUGAAGAACAUAAUAAACGUUUAUCUGAUACAGUUGAUAAACUUUUAUCUGAAUCUAAUGAGAGACUUCAGCUUCACCUUAAAGAAAGAAUGGCAGCUCUGGAAGAUAAAAAUUCCCUUCUCCGUGAAAUUGAAAAUACCAAGAAACAAGUGGAGGAGCUUCAAAAUGAAAAGGAUCAGUUGGUAGUAAACAUUGAAGCAAUAAGAGCUGAAAGUGACCAGUUGAGGAUCAGAGCCCCUACCCUUCAUCAUAGAGGGCCACAUUUAGGUAGCGUACCAGAUUUUAGAUAUCCACUGGCACCUUCAGUUAUAGCAGACAAUCAGACAGAUUCCUACAGCACCUCAGUUCUAAGACGUCCACAAAAAGGACGCUUAGCAGCUCUGCGAGAUGAACCUUCAAGGGUUCAGACUCUUAAUGAGCAAGAUUGGGAACGUGCACAACAAGCAAGUGUGUUGGCAAAUGUUGCACAAGCUUUUGAGAGUGAUGCUGAUAUCUCAGACGGCGAAGAAGACAGAGAAACUAUAUUCAGCUCAGUUGACCUCUUGUCACCUAGUGGUCAGGCAGAUGCCCAGACCUUAGCCAUGAUGCUUCAAGAGCAAUUGGAUGCCAUCAAUAAAGAAAUUAGACUGAUCCAAGAAGAAAAGGAAAACACUGAGCAAAGAGCAGAGGAGAUAGAAAGUCGUGUUGAUGGUGGGAGUUUAGACAAUCCUGGUCGAUUUCGAUCAAUGAACUCUAUCCCGCCUCCCUUUCCUAGUGGAAAUCUUUCUGGCUCCUCUCCACCUGGUAGUGGGAUUUCUACUCCUCGAAGAAUGCCACACAGUCCUGCUCGAGAAGUGGACAGACUAGGAAUUAUGACAUUACCUAGUGAUUUAAGGAAACACCAUAGAAAGUCUCCAGUUUCUAGAGAAGAAAUUAGAGAUGACAAGGCUACAAUAAAAUGUGAGACCUCACCGCCAGCCUCACCUCGAUCACUGCAUUUGGAUAAAUCUUAUAAAGGAGCUUUGCAUACAAUGAGCCAAGAAGAUAUAAGAGAUGUUCGAAAUUCCACAGGCUCUCAAGAUGGACAAGUAAGCAAUCCCAGUAGCAGUAAUAGCAGUCAAGAUUCCCUCCACAAAGCUCCUAAAAAGAAGGGGAUCAAAUCGUCAAUUGGCCGCCUGUUUGGUAAGAAAGAAAAAGGUCGAUCUGGACAGAUGAAUAAAGAGCUCUUGGGACAAGUUAGUGCAUUAGAAGCAGAAAGUUCAGCUCAGGAUGGUUUGGGGCUUGGAAAACUUGGAGGACAAGCAGAAAAGAAUAGAAAACUGCAGAAAAAGCAUGAACUUCUUGAAGAAGCUCGGAGGCAGGGUCUGCCUUUUGCUCAGUGGGAUGGCCCCACGGUGGUUGUCUGGCUAGAGUUGUGGGUUGGGAUGCCAGCUUGGUAUGUGGCUGCUUGCCGUGCAAAUGUGAAAAGUGGUGCUAUAAUGUCAGCCUUAUCUGAUACUGAAAUACAGCGUGAAAUUGGAAUCAGUAAUCCUUUACAUAGGUUAAAACUGAGACUUGCCAUACAAGAAAUUAUGUCACUAACAAGUCCAUCGGCUCCUCCUACAUCAAGAACGACUACAGGAAAUGUCUGGGUAACGCAUGAAGAAAUGGAAAAUCUUACAUCUACACCACAAACGGAAGAUGAGGAAAGAAGCUGGGCUCAGACUUUAGCCUAUGGUGAUAUGAACCACGAAUGGAUUGGCAAUGAAUGGCUUCCUAGUUUGGGGCUUCCUCAGUAUCGCAGUUAUUUUAUGGAAUGCCUUGUUGAUGCUAGAAUGCUGGAUCAUUUAACUAAAAAAGAUCUUCGUGGUCAACUUAAAAUGGUAGACAGUUUUCACAGAAAUAGCUUCCAGUGUGGCAUUAUGUGUCUCCGAAGAUUAAAUUAUGACCGGAAAGAACUUGAAAGAAGAAGAGAAGGAAGCCUGAAUGAAAUUAAAGAUGUCCUUGUUUGGAGCAAUGACAGGAUGAUUCACUGGGUGGUAUCAAUUGGCCUUAAAGAAUAUGCAAAUAACCUUAUAGAAAGUGGAGUUCAUGGUGCACUUCUGGCCUUAGAUGAAACUUUUGAUCACAAUGCAUUAGCUCUUUCUUUACAAAUACCCACUCAGAAUACACAGGCUCGUGCUGUUUUGGAGAGGGAAUUUAAUAAUCUUCUUGUGAUGGGUACGGACAGAAAGUUUGAAGAGGAUGAUGAUAAAAGCUUUAGACGUGCACCUUCAUGGAGAAAGAAGUUCAGACCAAAGGACAUAAGGGGUUUAGCUGCUGGAUCAGCAGAGACCCUCCCUGCAAAUUUUAGAGUUACCACUUCAAUGUCUUCACCUUCUAUGCAACCAAAGAAGAUGCAGAUUGAUGGCAAUGUAUCAGCAACACAAAGAUUGGAUUCUGCUACAAUAAGAACUUAUUCAUGUUAAAGACUUUCAUUGUUUAUCCCCACUAUUUCUACAGAUGAGCUGAACCAUUUUGAACUCAAUGACCAUAUUUUGGAAACAGCUGAAAUCUUUAAACUGUUAAUACUUGUUAAAUGAACACUUUGAAAUAUUUUAUUACAGAGUUUUUAAUUAGCGAGUGAAUUUGUGAGUACUAUAAAAAGUAUUUUAGAUUAAAUGUUUCUUAUACUUAUGUGGGUAUAUGUGUGUCCCAUUGUUACUUAAUUUUCUAUUAGAAUUGUCUGUCAAUCAAGUUAUUACUUUAUGUUAAUUUUAGUAUUUUCAUCUGAAUGUACUGUAAUGCUUGUAUGUAUCCGUCCCUAUAAGUAAUAUAGGGCUUUAUUGUAAAUUAUGCAGUUAUUGUAAUUACCAGUAAUGAGUUUAAUAAAGUGAAGGUGAAAUUUUUUUACAAUCUUUGUAAAGACAUCAUGACACCAAGCAGUAUAUAUAUAUUGCCGUUUGAAAAAUGCUAGCUAGCUCUAAAAAUUGAAAUAAUUCCUUUUUUUUUUUCAGAGAGACAUAUGUUUAUUAACAAAGCAGGCAUGGUACCUGAUUCCAUUUCCGUUAGAAACUGUACCUUUUAAACUUAAUAUUUGAUUAUUUAGUGUGUAUUCUUAUUUAAGGCUUUUGUUUAGUAUAAUUUGCUUUACAUUCAUAAAUGUGGGAAUUUCUAGAACAUUAUGAAACAUAUGAGACCUAACAAGGUCAUUUAUAACUACUUUUUGUGGCUGUAUUUGUACAGUCUAUGUUCAUUGAUUGAGCAUAAGCAAGCCAUAAAUGGAAAUAUUUUCUGUUAAACAAGAAUAGCUACUAAGAGUACUUGACAGGCAACACAGAGUGCUCCCUUUCUGUAUUUUGAUGUGAAAAUGUUUGUGAAAAGAUAUUGAUGCAGUUCUUUUAAUGGACCAAUCAUGAUGCACUGCUGCCUAAUGACAAAGAUGCUAAGAGCAUAACACAUGGAGGCAUGUGGUAGUGCAACUAUUAAAAAGGCCUUACUUUUCUUAUGUCAUCUUUUAGAUAUAUUUAUAAGCUUGUUUUAAAAUCCAGACAGACUUUUUAGUUGUUAAUAGUUUUAGUCAUUGCAAACAGUAUAAGUAGAAAAUGCAUCAUUCAUUUUUAAAUAGCAUCUUACGAAGCCAGCAAGGAGGAGAUUCAGAUCAUGGUGCAUUAUUUAUUAUGCAAUAAUAUACAUGGCAUGUCUUUUUUCUGUUAUUGGUUUUGGCUCUUUUUAAAUUGUACAACUUGAAUUCAUUGUUACUAUUUUUUCUAUUAACCUUAUAUGUACUUUGAAUAAUGUAACAAAUUAUGUACAGUCUAAGUACUUUGAACUAUUUUUAUCACAGUAUUAUUUAUUGCUUUCUUUCAAUAAAUUUCUGAAGCAUUUUUCCACUGCCAAUAAAAUGCUAUUAUCUUGUGA